GGUGCCCCGCGAUCGUCGACCGCGCGCGGCCAGCAGCGCGCGUGUGACCGUGUGUUUACCCAAGUGUCAAACCAGCCCCGUAUUGUACGCGCGCGUGUCCGCCGUGUCGCCCGCCCGUGUCCCCGCGGCCGAUCGCUCGUGAGAGACGGUGCCGACGGACGGUGGCACGGACGACGUUGGCGCGGCGCGCGUCAAACCGCGGACGCAUCACACCCGGCCGUUCGUCGAUCCAUCCCCGCGCGACGGUGCGCAUUGUACGUACAUACGUCCGCGUGCGCGCACAAUCGUCGGCGACGCGAGGAGUCCGCGAAGGAACGAGCGGAUGCGAGAAGGGGAGAAGGCGAAGGACCGAGUCGGGACCUCACGAGGAGUACGAGGACAAGACAGCGGCUCUCCUUCGCGCGGCGACGGCGGCGGGCAGCAUGCCCGAGCGCACCGCGCGGGCCCCGCUGCACCCGGAGGACGAUGCGCCCCAACGUGGAUCCCGCGACCGACGGAGGAGAUAGGACACUUUUCUGAUUUAGAGAAAACUUUGUGCAAUAGACGGAAAUGAUAAAGCAGCACUUGUGAAACUAUUGCAAUAAAUAUGCUGAAAUACUCAAGAGGCACGAGAAUAUUUACAAUACGCUGAAAACCUUGGAUUUUUGUCAGAACAAGGAAACUAAGUUACUGCCUACCAACAAUAGCACACCCACGCCUGUCUGUCACCUGUUCAGUGAAUGUUGUGAUAAUAAUUUAAUGCUGUCGGAAAGGCUCCAUUUGACAGUCCGGGUUAAGCGCAUGAUGUUCAAAUAAAGCAGGCUAUUCUACGACUCUAUAAAUACUCUAACGCUUAAUGAACAAAUCAGGAACAAUGACCUAUCGAAUUGACUGAACGUAUAAAUCUAUUGAAAAGAAAAAGAAAUAAUUCCAACGACUCUAUUUUAUUACAUUAAUAAUUAUUAACGAUUGGAAUACUCUACGAUAUAUUGAGAAAGACCUAGGAAUAAUUUUGAAAGGGCUUUAAAAUUUCUUAUUGAUAUGUUUUAUGACCACGAGAGAUGCAAAUUUUUAUUUUAUAUCACACAGAUUUAUUUUUAAAACUUUAAGUUGAUACACGUUAUUAAAGUUGGUUACCUCUCAAAAUCUCGAGCCAAUUGGCAAGUGUAUUUGGCAAAAGUAAAUAAUCCCAAAUUGUAUCAAAAGUAUAGUAGAAUUAACGCGUGUAAAUAAUCAUAAACAUUGACGUUGUAUUGUUGCAAGCUUGUAAAACAAAAUGUAUAAUAAUUAUUUUAAACGCUUAAAUCAGUGGUUGUACAUAACGAGUAAACAAGAAGAAGGGGAAACAACGUAUUUGAAAUAUUAUAUAGAUGACAGAGGACAUACUUGCUAACAACCCUCUUCGAUACAAGGGUUAAAAAAAAUGGACAACAGUGGGUCUGGAGUGGUGCAAGUAUUCGUGGGUGAAUGGAGCCCUGAAUAUGAGGCGCUCUCCAUUAAAGCCACAAAACAAACUUCGUCAGCCGAGAUAGUAGAAUGUAUUAUUGAAAGACUCGGACUGAUGGACGCUUCUGUUUCGAAUGGCUACGAGUUAGCGGAAGUGGUAGGGAAUUCUGUUGGGCAGGAAUGUAAGGAAAGAAGACUCGGCCCGGCUGAGUGCCCCGUAGCACUAAUGUUACUGUGGCCAAAAAAUGAUACUCAGCAAGAAUAUUACAGAUUUUACCUACGAAAAAAGCAACCAGACUACUUGUGGUCUGACAGUAGAUUUCCUAUGGAUCCUCAACUCCUAAAGGACUAUUUUAAUAGAUUCCUUUAUCAACCACGUGACAAGGAAUAUCCAGAUCUGUGUCAGCUUCCAGAUCUGAACGAACAAACCCUAUUGGAUAAUCUGAGGGCAAGGUUUUUGGCUGGCAACAUAUAUACUUAUGUCGGCAGCAUACUAAUUGCCUUGAAUCCAUUCAAAUUCUACCCUAUCUACAAUCCGAAAUAUGUCAAGUUAUAUCAAAACAGAAGGUUGGGUCCGGACAUACCUCCUCAUAUAUUUGCCAUAGCCGAUGCAGCUUAUCAUUGUAUGCUUAAGGAGAAGAAGAAUCAGUGUAUCGUUAUUAGUGGUGAAAGCGGUUCUGGUAAAACGGAAUCAACGAAUUUUUUGUUACAUCACUUGACAGCGCUUAGUCAAAAGGGUUCACAUGGCAGCGGUGUGGAACAGACAAUACUCAGCGCUGGACCUGUUCUAGAAGCAUUUGGCAAUGCGAAAACGGCCCAUAAUAACAACAGCAGUCGCUUUGGAAAAUUUAUCCAAGUAAAUUACAAGGAAAAUGGAAUGGUCCAUGGCGCUGUGGUACAAAAAUACCUUCUGGAGAAAUCAAGGAUUGUUUCUCAAGGACGAAAUGAAAGGAAUUAUCACGUGUUUUAUUACCUAUUGGCUGGCGCGAACGAGCAAGAGAAACAGCUAUUGCACUUGGAGAGCUGUGAUCGGUAUAAUUACUUAAAUAAAAGCGGUUGCUACGGACUGGAAAAUAUCGACGAACGACAUGAAUUUUCGAGAUUAAAACAGUCUAUGGAAAUGGUGGGCUUUACAGCAGAGAAGCAAAGGCGACUCUUCGCAGUUCUGUCGGCAGUCCUUUUGCUAGGUAAUGUUGAGUUUCAUCCAAGAAAGUCAUAUCAUCAUCAUGACGAAGCUGUAGGCGUUAAAAAUCCAGAAGUAGUUGCAUUGAUAUCGGAGCUUCUCCGAGUGAAACAAGAAACUCUGUUGGCUGCACUCACUGCCAAACGUGCAAGAGCUUCCGGAGAGACUUUAGUUAUUAACUAUAGGCUUCCCGAAGCGAUUGCGGCACGCGAUGCCAUGGCAAAGUGUCUGUACGGAGCUUUAUUUGAUUGGAUUGUGCUGCAGGUGAAUCAUGCCCUGCUUUCUAAAAAAGAUACUCUCAGAGAUCAUCAAGGCAAUAGUAUAGGUGUAUUAGAUAUAUUUGGCUUCGAAGAUUUCAAAACAUGCAACAGUUUCGAGCAAUUGUGUAUCAAUUACGCAAAUGAGCAAUUACAACAUUACUUUAACCAACAUGUUUUCCAAUACGAACAACGAGAAUAUAGAAAGCAGGGAAUUAGAUGGACAGACAUAGGAUACAGCGACAACUCCGGAUGUCUCAAUCUCAUCGAAGGAAAACCGAGUGGUCUCUUGUGUCUUCUUGAUGACCAGUGCAACUUUCCUGGUGCGACAAACGAGACGUUGCUACAGAAAUUUAACUCUGUGCAUAAAGAUAAUCCGUUCUAUGAGGCACCGCAGCGCCGAGAAGCGGCGUUUGUUGUACGUCAUUACGCCGGUGCGGUCAAGUACCAAGCAGCUAAUAUGAGAGAAAAGAAUCUAGACUUAAUGCGACCCGAUGGCGUAGUUGGAGUGUUGAAAAAUUCCUCCCUUGCUUUCGUGCGGGAGUUAGUCGGCGCUGAUCCGGUUGCCGUAUUCAGGUGGGCCAUACUGCGGGCCUUCUUUCGCGCACACUUUGCAUUUCAAGAAGCCGGUCGAGCACACAGACAUGGUAGAGUUGAUGGAACCAAGACGUCUGUACAAAACAGGUACAGAACACCCAACGAGAAUUUAAUAAGUUCACACAAACAUACUCGCCCACCAAGUUAUCAGAAGCAACGCAGUGUAUGUUUACCACCGGCCACUACUCCUUCUGCUACAUUAUCUUCUAUACAAACCGAAAACGACAAUAUAAACAACAAUCGUCUAUCAUGGCCACAAUUUAGAAACAUUAAUCAGACGCAACACCCGUCAAACGUUGCGUCGUCGAAGGGUGGUUACAUAUUAAGGGGCAGGGAAGACCAGUCCCAUAGUAAUAAUAAAUUCAGACGAGAUACUCACACACCGCUAGAGAGGGUGCUUCCAAAAGACGAAGCAAACGUCAUGGAACGCGCUAAUCAGAUUGUCAUGAAAAAUAAGUCAUUUCGGCCGAGGGAACGUGGCAAGAAAGGUCUGAAAAAUCUGCAAACUGUAAAGACACUCGCAGGAAGAACUCAGAGUUACGGUACUGGACCGGGAAAAGCCAGAAAACAACCUAUGACUGUUUCCGCACAAUUUCAACAGAGUUUGCAUAGCCUGAUGGAUACUCUGAAUCAGGCAAAUCCUUUCUUUAUUAGGUGUAUUAAGAGUAACGCUAAUAAAGUGCCGAAUGAAUUUGAUGAGGAAACGGUACAACGACAGCUGCGCUACACGGGCAUGUUGGAGACUGUCAGAAUAAGGCAGGCCGGUUUCAACGUGCGAUUAACAUAUGAGGAAUUUAUACAACUCUAUCGAAUGCUACUUCCUAAGGGUCUUCUGAGCUCGCAGUCCGACGUGAGGGACUUCCUACUGACUCUCAAUCUCAACAGAGAUAAUUAUCAGUUGGGUACUACCAAGGUCUUCCUCAGAGAGUCUGAAAAGAUCAAACUAGACAUUGAACUUCAUCAACAAAUCAUAACGAGCAUUACCACCAUACAGAAAUGGUUCCGCGCUUGUUUGGAAAGGAGGAAGUUCCUUAGAUUAAAGAAUGCCGUUGUACAAAUACAAUCUUUCUGGAGAAUGGUCUCAGCACAGCGACUAGCUCAGGUUCUUCGUGCAAGAACCGAAGCCGCAUUACAUAUACAAAAUGCUUGGAGAGCAUACAAACAACAUAACUGGUUUAAAAAGCUGAAGUCAUGCGCGAUUACCUUCCAGGCAUACGUCAGAGGAAAUAAUGCCAGAAAAAGAUUUAAUGAAAUGAAAAGACGAAAAAGACUUUUACCAGACAAAAUUCAAGAAGUCAAAAGAAUUCAAGAAUACAAGGAACUUAUGUAUGAUAGAGUAUGCGCCAAAGAUAGCGAAGAGUUUACGGAAGAUCGAAGUCUGACAGAGUAUGGUGAAUCACCUCGAAAAAUAGAAUCUCAAAAUCGACUCACGUCACCAAGGAGCGAUAACGCGUAUCGAGACAGCACUUUGGAUACAAAUAUCUCGUAUUCCAAACGAAAGCUCACUCCGAACAAGCGAAUUUUGCACGACGCAACGUUGAAGAACACCGAAACCUAUCAUUUCGACGAGAUGACAGAGCGUAAAAGUAGUCUCGAGAGUUUGACUAGUCUGAGGAGUUACGAAUCUCAAGCCAGCGUCAACAGUUCUGAAUCGCAAGAGAAUUCCGGCUCGAGACCUGUGCCGAGCACCAGGACGAAACGCGGUGAUCAUUCGCCGGCGGUCGCAUCGAAUGUAAAUCUAACGUCGAGUCGACUCUCUUCGGUGAGUAGAAGAACUGACAGUUCCUCGACGGGAUAUAGCGACGGUGAGACCGAAAGCGAAACACCGAGCGCCGUGCAAAGUGCUCCACCUGUUUUCAACACGAGUCCACCGUUCGUCAGUUCGCGCGACAUGAAGUAUCACUCCACCAACGUAAAUCUGACGCACAGUCCGAAUUCGGAUAUCUGGCGUCGUAGAGUAGAUUACUCGCCCGCCAAUUACAGCGACUACUUUAUGUCGGUACCUCAGAAAGCAACUGUUACCCGUUCUCCGAACGUUUCUCAUUACAAGAAUGUGGCGGAUAGCGUUUUUGAACAAGCCCGACCGGAGAAGCCCAACGAAGCAGCGAAUUAUAAUGUCAAACUCGACACGAGCGAUCGCUUCGUUCAGAUGGAAAGCUUGGCGAGCAGCAAGCAACAACGUGGACUCAAUGACAACAAUGUAGCUAAUGAGCGAAUGGAAAAUAUUCCGAUAUCGCCGACAAAGCGAGAUCAUACCAAGCACGGAUCUGCCAAGAAUAUCAAAGAUCUUAGCUAUUUGCGGCGACAAAACUCGGAAGGAGAUACUGCGCUGAAAGUCGUGGACGUCAACGAUGACAGUGCUUUGAAGAGCACUUUAUUAAGAGGAUCAUCCCCAAAUGAAAAGAACUCACGUUCGAAGGAGAAAUACGAGCCAGACGUGCCGGUGAGAAACGCAAGACGAAAUAGACCUUCGAGAGAGGUUCAGUGUCGAUCUAUGGGCGAGAGCGUAGUCGAAGCUAACACGGAAACGCGAAAUCUGCUUCUUGGUACGAUUAAGGAAAGCGACUUGAAUAAAACGACGAACGUAUGGUCACGAAAAGAUUAUCCACACGAGACUGCUUCUCGGUCCGUUACGGAUUGGCCCAUGAACAAGAAUGAAGCUACAUACAAGGUACAGCAGCCCGGUAAACGCAUGAGAUCUAACGCGAUCACGACUCUCGAGCUGCGAAGGAGAAACUCCGAUCCAGCUACGAAAAUUUCGGGUCUAAGUGAAGAUAAAAUAGGACAGGAUACCAGCUCGAACGACCUGAAACUCGCGCCUGGUAUGGAUCUUCUUCAAUGGAAAGGUAACGUGUUUACCUUGGCCGGCCAUCGUUUCCGAAAAGUGGCGAGAUUUGCUAAGGACGAUGUAUGCGUGUGUUGCCAUGAGAAAAUGGACGCGUUUGUGACGCAAGGCUACAAAUGUGUCGACUGCAAGCAGCUAUAUCAUGUCAAGUGCAUUCAAAACGGCGGAGUACUAAGAAUGCCGUGCUUAUUGGCCAACAGACGGAAAAAUAGAAAACCACCGCGCACACCGUACGAUACUACGAAACAAACAGUCACGUCCAAAUUCAGUCUAACCGGUACUUCAGCCUUCUCCGAUAGCACGGACAAAAUCAUUUCCGAUGCCAAGGAGUUAGCUCUGAUGCAAGACUUUAUCACCAAGAAGAUCUACAAAAUGCAGAGUCAAGAAGAGGGACGGAAACCGAGCGAAGUGGAUCGCGUUUUCAAGCAUGCUCUUAGGAAAUUCAAGGACGACCUGGUGAUCACGUAUAGCGUCGCCAUACAGCAAGGCGUAGAAGGUAACAUCAAGUACACCGAUUUGAUCGCCAACUUUCUUCACGUUAUGGAAACUGUCUGCAAGCAAGAAAACACGAGAGAAGAUUUCCCUGUAACGAUGGGCGUGAAUGCGUUCAGAGGUUUCAUGAAUGAAUUUAUGGCUAUGGUUAAAACUGAAGCUCUCGAAAAGCAAAGCAAGAGCAAACGGAAAAAGGAGAAGAAGCGGAAGCAGGAAGAGCCCAUACGACAUGGUAGUCACAUGUUCCAGUUGACCAUUAUCAACAUACCCACCGCUUGCGAAGUCUGCACAUCUUUCUUCAUGUGGCCUAUUGAACGAGGACUCGUGUGCCAGAAUUGUAAAUUGACAUGCCACAAAAAGUGCUACAUGAAGGCGUCAGCAGAAUGCGGCAAAGACGGUUCUCUGUCUGAAAUGAAUUCGCGCAAAGUAUUUGGUGUACCACUGUACAAGUUGGACUGCGGUGACGGCAAAGUACCACUCGUAGUAGAUCGAUUGAUCACAACUAUCGAGAUGCACGGUCUCUAUACCGAGGGCAUAUACAGAAAGAGCGGUGUCAGUUCCAAAGUGAGAGAACUCAAAAUGAAAAUGGACGAGGGCGACUUAGAGAAGGUGGAUUUCGAGAACUAUCAAGUGCAUGUGUUAGCUGCGGUGCUGAAGAGUUUUUUCAGAGACAUGCCGGAACCGCUCUUGACCUACGAAUAUUACGACGACUUUCUGCACGCGGCAAACUUGACGGAUCCGCACGAUCGAAUCAGCACGCUCUUCGCCAUACUGAAGAAAUUGCCGAAACCGAACUACGAUCUGAUGGAACGCUUGAUUGUUCAUCUGGCGCGAGUAGCGCGACACGAGGAGGACAAUAGAAUGUCACCAUCGGCUCUGGCCAUCGUUUUCGCACCGUGCAUCCUCAGAACGAACAGGACAUUGCCCGCGCAAGAUUCUCUUCAAGACGUGGGCAGACAGACGCGUUGCGUCGAAACGAUUGUGCAGGAAAAGUUGAGAGUAGUCAGAGCGACGCUAGCGGACAUAAAUACUCUCGAGUCAGCCUGUCACACGGCGACACAUCGACUCUCCAGUUUACGAUCGUCCAAGAUCUUUAGUCCAGAAGAGUUGAACGUGGCCGCCUCGACCGCUGCAGGACGGGCAGCUGCGAUGGAUCGCGACAGGGAUCGAGGAGAUGAAGAGGAAGCCCUACUCGUUGAUCAUAUACAAGAAAUCCAGAAGGAGAAGGCCCUCUUGACGUCUACUCUACCCAGUUUAACGAGAGCUUCUUCAGACGAUGAUCUCCUCUUGUCAGCCACGGAUCUAGACGAUGGAUCCCUCGACGAUCUUCUCCCAUCUUCCGCUGACGGACUCGUAAGGAAGAAGCCCGUUCAAAGGCAAAGUUCAGCAGACAAUUCGUUUCCAACGAUUAUCAAUAUGGACGACGACAUGGUAAUGGUAUGAAUAGCGUCCACGAAUAAUGUUAACGCGCAUUCUGAAUGAUCAUAGCAAUCUGAUAGAUGAUGCGAAAUAUCGUAUUAGGGCAGAGAAUCAACAACUUUAAUUGCUGGUCUUUUCAGCCGAUUGUUAAUGUGUUGAGAAACCUUUAGUGAACGCAUUAUAUAGUUCUCGUAAUUUGUUGACUCCAUUAAAAAAAAAAAGAUUUAAUUGUGCGACUGAAAUAAUUCCAUUCUCUUAUCGAAGUCAGUAGAGAUAUCUAAAACUAUUUCGUACAAUGUAUUAGGAAAAAAAAACUGCACAAAUUUUAACUUAGUCGCAUGAUUUUAUUCGCAAUGCAUUCCUUUCUUUGAAGACUGUCGAAGUAUUUAGGCGCAACGUUUCGUUCGUCUGUAGAUCCUAAAAGAAACAUUAUUAACACGCUGCUUUACACAUUUUAAAUAUAAGAGAUGAAACCACAGAAAAACUAGAAAGUAUUUAAAGAAAAGCGUACUGCUCUUAAAAAAAUCUAUAUAUAUGUAUAUAUAUAUAUAUUUUUUUUUUAGAAAUUUCUGCUUAUCAAAGUGAUGAGGGAGUCAUACCGAAUUACUUGUUUUUACAAAUUUACGUUCAUAAAAAUGUAGUUUAUUGUUGCACCGUGUUACAAUUCUCUGUAAACAUUAUUUUUUACGGAGAAUCUUUCUAAUAUGUGUAGAUGCGCUGUUCCUUAAUAACUAUUUGUUUAGCGUUAGUAGAUCUGUCACUUCAAAAUCAUCUCUUCCUAAAGGAUCUACUUGUCACGUUCGAGUAGAAUCGAUAAUCGACCGCUUUGUGAAUUCCUGUGCGAGAUGUUUUUACUAUAUUUCGUUACGAUGUCUGACGACGAUAGCCGAUUUAAAACGUUAGGUUUAGGCGCAGGAAUUUAAGAGACGACCAAGAGAGAAAGAGGAAACCAAAACAUAGUUUGUACAUAUUAUGCAAUAUAACAAUUUCGUAAUAAUCUGUUAUUAUUGUUGAAUUUACGCGAGAGACAUUUAACGAGAUUAUAUUUCUACUGUCGAUAUUCGUUGUAGGGAUAACCACGUCGUUAUCGGGUCUCUACCGGUUUUAGUUUCUUCUCUGGAUCGAUUUUUACUUAACGCGUUUUUUUUCUCAUGCUCAGAUGCGUCCCAGAGACAUGUGUGCGUAUAUGUAAAUAAAACGCACAUUACAUACAAGUACUUAUGUACAUAACAAAUUCGCGCGCGCGAGAACUAAUCAAACUUGUUCGCUCGAAAUUUAUUGCAUUUUUUUUAAAUUUUGUUUUAAUUUAUAAUAUAUAUAUAUUAUAUACAUAUAUGUAUGUUACUCAGUGUGUCUUAGAUCUUUAUUGAUUCGUUUUUCACGACUUUGCCACGCCGCGCCGUCUCCUUCGUCCAUUCGUACGAAUUCGUAACUCGUGCCACUUCGUGCGCAAUAGCCUGACGAUUGUGAGAAAAUCGACAAUGUGAAAGGAAAGGGGUGAAAGAGAUUUCGAUCUCGCGUAAUAGAAGUCUCUGUCCAAUAAGGAUAAUCAGAUCAAGUCCCCACUUACGUACCACGAACUUAAUUGAAUUCCCUUGCGAAUUAAUAGUUACGCUUGAUGAUGAUCCCGGAUAGAAUUGGUCAGUGAAUUGAGUCCUACCUUUUAUUUCUUUUCCCGGCUUCGGUUAGCAAUCGAGUAUAACGAUAUUUUCAAUUAUAAUGGAUACAGCGGAUGUGGAUAGAAAAUUUAUCAUUACGGCCGCGAGGGGGUGACCUAUAUAAAUUUUUUAUUCAUUAUUUCUGAUCGCAUACAUCAUACGUUCUGUUGCAUCCAAUCACCAAAGACUCGUACGCGCAGUUGUUUUUUCAUUCUUGUAUUUACGUCAAUCCCCGAUAGUUUCUUUUUUUUCUUUUUUUUUUUUUUUUUUUACUUUGCGUGCAUCGUCCGCUUUUUAAUACUGAAGCGUCCUAUAUUUUUAAUUGCCUUCGCGUAAUACUUUAAAAGAAUGAAACUUAUAUUUCCGUCCUUUCUCGACUCUACAGUUACGUUUGUGCCGCAGGUUGUUUUAAGUUUCGCGUAUCGGCAAUCGAUGAUGUGGUAAAAACUUCUUUUUCCGUUCAAUUAAAUCCCGUCUUUGAGUACUGGACUAUGCGCGACUUUUAUCCGGAUAACUUUUAGGAUUAAGUCGAAUAAUUAAAAAAAAAAAAAAAGAAAAAGAAGGAAAA